AUGCCUACUCUGCUCACUCUAGUCCUUUGCACCCUCAAUUUCACCAUCGGAAUUUUAUCCAUCACCGUCCUCGCGCUCGUCGCACAUACCCUGACGCUCACGUCCUCUCCGCCUUAUGUGCGCGGUACGAGUCGCUCCAUAUUGUUCUGGCCAGGAUGUGGCGGCAUAGUGGACAUGAUUUUAUUCAUAAUUCUCUGGCAUUUAACACCUCGCGAAAGCGUUGGCCAGGUGCAUCAAGACUCGCAUGAAGAUUCCAACGUAAACGCUGAUCAGUGUCAGGAAAAGAAGCGCAAAUACUUUUGGAAUGGAUUAGUGUUCGUUGCGAGCUUCAUAUUCGGCAGACCAGCAGUGGUGUUAGUCUAUACUUUCGUGGAGUGGGGACGGGCGGAAAAGGGUGACAUGAUGAUGGGCAAGGGCUACUUCACUACGGAGACGUGGGCAUGUGCUGCUUCUCAAGCUGGUGUGGAGGGUGCUGGAUCAGUGUGCCAAGAGCUCAGAGCUGCGCGGUAUCUGCUGAUACCAGAAGUUGUGCUGGGAGCUGCCAUACUAGAAUUGGUGAUUUGCAUGAAGUCAAGGUUUUCGGGCAGAAAAAAGCCUGCUGAGGAAGAGGCUGCAUCAACCGCUACGAAAGCAUAA